UGUUCAUCCGAGACGAGUUCUUACCUGUACGAUUUUCAUGUGGCUAACACCCAGGUAAUCAUGUGUAAUGAAUUGCUACGGAGUGGUAGUUGAAUGCUGAAGAUUUCCAGUCUUGCAUGAGUGUCCGUACUAGGCACGCACAUCUGUUUUUGCAAACGUCUGUAAAACUUCCCGAUGCAUGCGAUGGCUCCCAAAGUAUAUUUAUGUAUCUGUUCCCAGUUAACGUUUAGGUAACUUUGCUGUAGUGCAAAUGGCAAAAGGAAUGAUUCCGGCGCUCCUUAACACUUUGUUCCCUGAUCUCUUGUUGACAGGAGAUUUGGGUACGAGAUAAGGUAGACUUUCCAAAAGUCCUUUAAAAUUUUUCUUCCUCGUAUCUCGCUUCGCUCGCUUUUUUUUUCGCCCGAGAUAAGAACUACGUCGACUUGUGGCAAGUCUAGAGAUAAGGGCGCGCGAGGGAAGAACACGUGACCCAUAGCCUGCGUUGCAGCCGGCCCACGCCAGUCAGAACUGGCCAGCCGGACCGUAGGCGGACAAAUCAUUUUAACACUGAAAAAUGCUUGUUCAAAACGUUUUUGUCGAAAAACCCUUUCCUUCGGGCAUACUGUUUAAAAUUUGACUAAUCUGAUUGAAUGGUUAUGAUUAAAAGUGAAUUUCUCAUCACCACAGGAAUGGUCUGGCCGGUCAGUUCUGACAAAUGGAAAGCGCCCUAGGUGUAGAGCGUCUGCGACGCAGGCAACCGAAUUCCCCUUCCCCAUCGAAAGCCUGCUAGGCCGCCAAAUGCGCGUCUUGCAAGGUUGGUCCCUUUCAACCCUAAUUCACUAGGGUUGUUGACGUCGAUUCGGUUGGGUUUGCCUUUUUGACGAUGGGUUUGCUCAGGUGAGCGACAACCAGGAGCUCGGAAUGCGUUUAAAUUUCCCAUAAACAGGUACCCUGGGUACCAGACGUUUUGGCUCGCGUGCGACGAGGAGCUUCGUCGCCGAAGGCCGACUCGUCUUUGGCCGAAGGCCGAAGACACGAGCGGCGGGUCACUUUUUAAGACUUAGCCGAAACCGGAAACCGCAGAUGAAAAGCCUCUGGCACCCAGGGUAAUAAACAGGCAGAUUUUAGCAAAAACAAAGCAGCGUCCGGUGAGAAUGCGAGAGCUUGCAAAAGGGAUUGAAGGUGACUUCCGGUACUCAAUUUGCGUUUUACCAUUGGCCAGGUCGAUUUUUAUCUGCGCGCGCCUGCGUCACUGGCGUCUCGUUGUCUUUGCUGAAUCUGCCUUUUGCCUUGUGACUGUCACAAAAGGAGAAAACGUCGUGUUUUUUUACAGCCAUGAUACAUUUUUUUUUAUUUUUAGACAUUAUACACCAUAACCUCGACAAUGAAGCCUGCAGUAGAGUCCGGAAAUCUUUUGGCGGGUUCAUCUUGUAAGUUGCACAUAACUUUUACCAGGCUAUCAUCCCACGGAGAUGCAUCCAACAUCCCACGAUUACUUUACGAAGUUGACUCCGACACAAACCUAUGGGCCGUCAACGGACGGAAGCGCGGUGUUAUAGCCAUACCGCAUGUUGCCAAGGCAACCACAGACGUCGUUCUUGAUGUCAUACCACAAACAGGCGGAAACCUAGCAUUGCCGGCGAUAAAGUUAAUGAAGUAUGUUGAAAAAGAAGAUAAGCUGCAGCAAAAGGACUCGAAGGAGGGCACAGGCGCGGAUGCACAGUCAAGCCGCGCAUGCCCACUUGUUUCUCCGUUUUUGUGCGGUCAGGUUUAUAACAGGACUCUUGCUACCCGAGUUCGCGUUUUACCAAACAAUAACACUGAGUCUUCCUGGAUUUAAAGCCAAAUUGUUGUAAGAUGUUCUUGUAAAAGGUGAGCUGCUGUGUUGGAGUGUCCACAUCGUUGCAAUCUAUGGAUUAGAGUUUUUGCGUGGUCAGUUUUACCAUAGGACUCUUAGCUGGUUGAAGCGUUGCACCCGCAUCGCAGAGGUCAGAGUUCGAAUCCCGGCAGUCUGAUUUUUUCAGGCUUUCUUUUCGCAACUACAUAAGUUGCGACUUAAACUGCGGAAAUCAUCUUUGCACUUAUUUCUUCAUUCCGCGCUUCAAUAAAAUGGAAUUCAUGUAUUCAUCAUUUCAACAAGACCUAUGCUACCCAAGUUCACGUUUUACAAAAUAAUAGUGAACUUACGCAACAGGACGAGAGAGGGAAGAAGACGACAAACCUUGUGUGACAAGCGUGACAAUAAUUUUGUUUGAAAAAACCUUCCGCUAAACUUCACCUUUCUUUCGACAGACCUUUUUUUAAAACACCAGAUUAAUGUUAAGUGAAGAUUACGACAAAACUCGUAUGUAAUAGCCCUGUCACCUUUGUCACAUACAAGCGUUUUGUCGACUUCUUGCUGACGUCCUGUUGCGUAAACUCACCAAUACCCGGGCCAAUAACACUCAGUAUUCCUGGAUUUAAAGCUAAAUUAUUGUAAAAUUUUUCCGUAAACUGUCAGGUGCUUUGUUGGAGUUUUUUUUUAUCUUUUUGAUCACAUCGUGACUUACCAUGGAUUAAAGGAAAGGUUGUAAGAAUAGUAAAGGAUAGAUUAAAGGCUAGGC